UUUCGACCCUUAGAUGAGAUGCAGACAGUCGGGAAACUCAUGAAAGUAUUCGUGACGAGGCGCAUCCCGCAGGAGGGGAUGAAGAUCCUGUCAGCGUCUGGAGUGUGCGAGGUGUCCCUGUGGGACUCGGAUGAACCGGUGCCGAGGGCAGACCUUCUUAAAGGUGUGCAGGGGGCUCAUGGUCUUCUGUGUCUGCUGUCAGACAAGAUCGAUGCAGAGGUUCUGGAUGCUGCAGGGCCAAACCUGAAAGUAAUCAGCACCCUGUCCGUGGGAUUUGACCACUUGGCUCUUGACGAAAUCAAGAAACGUGGAAUACGUGUUGGAUACACUCCAGAUGUCCUGACCGACGCCACAGCAGAACUGACCGUAGCUCUGCUGCUGGCCACUGCUCGCAGAUUACCAGAGGGAGUGGAGGAGGUCAAAAAUGGAGGCUGGAGCUCGUGGAAGCCUCUGUGGCUGUGCGGUUAUGGUCUCUCUGGCAGCACAGUAGGAGUCAUUGGCUUGGGACGCAUUGGCAUGGCCAUUGCUCGGAGACUCAUGCCCUUUGGAGUGAAGAGGCUGCUUUACUCUGGGAGAACAACCAAAUCUUACGCUUCUGAGCUGAAUGGAGAGUUUGUUCCUCUGGACACACUCGUCUCUGAGAGCGACUUCAUAGUUGUUUCCUGCUCCCUGACGCCAGAGACCCAGGGGAUGUGUGACAAGGCCUUCUUCAGCAAGAUGAAAAACACAGCAGUCUUCGUCAACUCAAGCAGGGGAACCGUGGUGAACCAGGAGGAUCUGUACGAGGCUUUAGCCAACGGACAGAUAGCUGCAGCCGGACUGGAUGUCACAACUCCUGAGCCACUCCCAACAAACCACCCUCUUCUGACGCUUAAAAACUGUGUGGUGUUGCCACAUAUCGGCAGUGCCACCUACUCCACGAGAGGCAUCAUGGGAGCUUUGUCAGCUCAAAACCUGCUGGGAGGUUUACAGGGCGGAGACAUGCCCAGUGAACUCGCCUUCUAGCCGCUGAAUCUGAUCCGCCGGGCCUACUGCCUCCUCUGGUGCUGCAAUAACAGAUAGAAGUAAUGUACUGGUCUAGUAAUGGUCUCCUAUGUGAGAUCAAAAUGAAGGCAUGAAAGAAGAAGAAUGCUACUGUAGUUCAGGUAAUGCUCAGAUACAUGUUUACAUCAUGUCAGUGUUAACUUGAUAGUUUCAUUUCAUCCUGUCACAGUUACUGAAUUUUAAUAUACAUUGUGCAUUUUUGAGAAAGUAAAUGCUGGUUGGAAGGUUUUGUCAUGUUCUCAAAAAUGAAGCUAAUGAAUAACCAAGAAGCACUCCUUAAAAUUAGCUCAUAUCAGAACACACUAUAUGUGCUUAGAAUUGCAGUUACGCUGUGAAAAACUUUGCAUUUAAAAUGUCUCCUUCAAGAUGAAACUAAAAGAUUAGCAUUAUACCUCUUUGUUUGCACUUUAUUCAGAUGGUAAUGCUGUCAAAAAUACUACUUGACAGUACAACACUCCUGUUUUGUGAAAAAUGUGAUUUCUCUGAAUAAUAAAAAGUUUUGGGCCAGUUUAAAUGUAA